AUGUCGCACAUCGAUUUAGAACAAGGAAGAAUAGGAGAUCGACAGCUAUCGUUCAGAGACAGUGAAGAUGUCGUUUCAUGCUUCCACUCGAAUACGUACGGAUAUUAUGACGAUGACACCGACGAGUAUUCGAGCAGUGUCUCUUCGGUAAGUGAUGAGUCAGAGAAGAGUGUGUGUAGGAUUUGCAAAUCGGAGGUUGGAUACGGUCAGGGUUUGAUUGAGUUGGGAUGUUCGUGUAAGGGUGAUCUGGCGUUUUCUCAUCGACAAUGUGCUGAGACUUGGUUCAAACUCAAAGGAAACCAAGUAUGUGAGAUUUGCCACUCGGAUGCGAGGAACGUGAUCGGCGCGAAUGAAAUGGUAGAGGAGGAGGAGGAAGAGGAGGAGGAGGAGGUGAUGGUGGUGGUAGAGGUUGAGGAAGAAGGAGUGGCUGCGGUGGGGGAAGACGGAGAGAGCUGGUGGAAGCGGCGGAUGAUCGUUGCAGAAAAUAGCAGUUCGAAGGGGAGUAGCUCUUCGACGAUACAAUGUCCUCUUCUCAACGACACCAACUACACCGUAUGGACGAUACGGAUGAAGGUAGCUUUAAAGGUUUACAAAGUAUGGGAGACAAUUGAUCCAGGAGAAGAUGAAUGA